AUGUAUAUGAUGCAUCGUUUAGACCAAGGAGGACAAACGUAUUCAUCUGACAAACAAACGGCUCUUGAAGAUCGUUAUUAUAAUAAUCAAAGUUUUCAAGAUGAUUUUCCGAUUGAUGAUCCGAAUGUAAACAGUGCGGCAACAAAAAUUCAAGCCCAAUUUCGUGGACAUAAAGCAAGACGAGAUUUAGAAAAAAUAAAACGAGAACAUCAACAAUCAAUGGAUUCUGAUCAACAUGAAACAUCUUUUGAUCACGAAGAAUUAACAACAGAGAACAAUGAAUAUCAAAAAUCAUCACCUUUAGAAAGUCCACGUUUAAAACAAGAAAAUCAAUAUAAAGAAAGUAUUGAUGAUGAAGAACUUACAGAAGAAGAAAAAUUCAAACUAGAACGUGCUGCAAUAUCUAUUCAAGCACAAUUUCGUGGUUUUCAAGUUCGAAAACAUCUACGAGACACAUUUGAUGAAACAGAUGAACAAAGUCAACAUUUUCAACAAGAACAACAGGAAUUUGACAAUGAUCAUGACAAAACAUCCGUACUAUCACCAACGCAUUCUAGUGAUCAUCGUGAUCUUGGUGAAAACCUCAGAUUACAUGACGAGAUUGAAAUGGGUAAAAACGACGAUAUUGAUCGACCACAUCUUGAACGUGAACCAACACAAUUAAGUGACGAUUUUGAACGACAUACAGACGUAUUACGUGAUAUAAAUCAUAAUCAAGAACAAUUAUUUAACGACGAAGACGAUAUGAGUGAUUCAAAUCUUGAUAAAGCAGCUACACGUAUUCAAGCAUCAUAUCGUGGUUAUAAAACUCGAAAAGAAUUAGGUUCUGUUGGUGGUCAUUCACCCAGUAGUCAUGAUCAACAGCAUUCAUCGUCAAGUUCUUCACCAACACAUAAAGAAUAUGACAAUGGUCUUUUAUCACCAUCAGCUGAAGGUAAUAAAGUACCAGCACAUGAAGAUCAUGAUGAUAAUGCAGCUGCUGUUAAAAUACAAGCAGCUUAUCGUGGCUAUCGAGUUAGAAAAGAUUUGGAAAAAUAA